UUCGACGCGGACGAUGCCGAACCCCACCCCCGAUCGAUCAUCUACAGCCCCAAGUUAUGUCCAUGUAUCCAACAAACCAUAACUCGAGCACCUAUACCGGGUCAAAGGUCACGAGUAGCCACAUAGGAAGAAGCUGCAAUAGGCCAACAUGCCGCCCCAGGACGGCAACAAUGGGGAGCAGCAGCCGUUGCUCCUCCGUCAAGAUACCCAGACCAAGGUCAUGCAAAAGUCGUUCUUUACUCCGCUUAGGAGGAUGCUCUUGAUCGUCUUUUGCCUGUCCUUCACCUUUGGACUUACCAACACGCCGAUGCUCUAUGCGUACCGGGUAUUGACCUGCCAGGAGUACUACCAGCAUCACAAGCCGUAUCAGGGAAACGGGGAUCAAUGUGCCAUACCGGCCAUUGACGUGCAGACCGCCAAGGCCGUCAGCUUCAUGGUCAUCUUGACGACCAUCGGUGGAGUGCUCAAUCUAUUGACGACCGGAUGGCUACAACGAAACUAUGGAGUCAGGGCGACUCUCAUACAGCAAUCCCUCUGGCCCCUAUUCCGGAAUGCCGGCCAAGUCUUGGGUAUCUGGAAAGGAGGCAGGGCGGGAAUACUGUUCUUUCAAAUCACACAGGUUUUUACUGUAUUCGGAGGUGGACCCGGGUACCUGCUCAGCGCCAACAACUACGUGGGGGCUGUCGUCGAGCCGCAUGCGAGGACAGGGAGCUUCGGUCAGCUACAGGGUGUCGCCAUGGCCGGGACUGCGCUCGCCUUUACCAUAGGCGGAAUGCUCAAUGACAGCGUUCACGCGACCGCCCCCUUCUUUGUCGCCCUCGCCCUGUGUUUCCUGUGCACCAUCCAGACCUACCUCGUCCUCCCUUACGUCGCUCCCAAGUACACCGAAGGUGACGUUAGCAAGCAGGACGGCGAGAAGAGGAAGAAGAACAAGAAGCGAUCCAAGCAGAGUAUCAAGAAGACGGUCGAGGAGCAGAUCAAGGGGUUCUUUAGGCCGUUAAAGGUGUUCAAGACGAGACGGUUGGAGGAUUGGGAUGGGAAGAGUUAUCAUGGGGUGACGUUGCUCGCUAUCGGAACGUUUGUGAGCGUGUUGGCCACUGCCUACGUGCCUCUCAUGCUGCAACUGUUCAGUACCAAUAUCUACGGAUUCCGUCCGACCCAGAACGGCUACUUGAUGUCCACAUUCGCCCUGGUUCGAGCCAUGUUCCUCACGUUCGCCUUUCCUCACAUCAUCGAGUAUGGCCGGAAAUGGUACGCGCACAAGGAGGAAAAGACAACCGGCCGUCGAGCCCCUCUCAAACGGGGCGUCUCCUCUUACGGAACCUCGAACGACCUAUCGAACACGCGUCGAGGCCGAUACCCGAACUACGGCGACAACGAUAGUGGUAUAUCCAUCUCAAGCGACCCAUCAACGGCGAGCUCGUCAUCGGACGAAUCCGAGGUGGAUCAUCAUCAUUCGGGGUACGGCAAAGAGUCGGACCAUCAGAGCGCUUUCGACCUGGUCUUCCUCAGGUGGAGUUGUCUAUUCGAUGCCGUAUUGACGGCGGCAUUGUCGCUCUCGAACAAGGGAUGGCAGAUGUAUAUCGCCGGUGGAAUCUUGCCACUCGCGAGUGCUACUGCCCCGGCUGCCAAAGGAGUCGUCAUGGAGAUGGUCACCACCUCGGAAAAGCCCGAAGCUCUAUCAGGUCUUGCGCUCAUCGAACUCUUGGCGACCGUCAUCUGUCAGAGCGUCUUUGGCGGCCUGUUCACCUUGUUCAGCGAGGCCAAGAGGCCGAACUUGAUCUUCCUCGCGAAUGGGGCGACGGCGCUGGUCGCCACGGUUGUCUUGUUGUUUGUCAGGCUGCCACCGAGUCCGGAAGAGGUAGACGAGGAGGAUGCAUAUGAGAAUUAGGUCGACUCGCUCUCGAUAAGUUCCACGGAAUAGACAUGAACCUUCAACACCCAUACAUAUAAUCAUUCCGCACAGAACACGUGUACAAUAGAUAGCACACUGCAUGUUCACCUGAACCCCGGUUGUAUAUCUCGCAGGAUCGUCUACCGUUUCACCUGUAUUUCUUCUUGAAACA